AUGGAUGAGGAGUUAGACAAAUGGGAAGGCUAUGUUGACUGGAGAAACAGACCAGCCUUUAAAGGCCGUCAUGGCGGCAUGCUGGCUGCCUCUUUCGUCUUGGUGGUUGAGAUAUUGGAGAACUUAGCAUACCUGGCCAAUGCAAGCAAACUUGUGCUUUAUCUGUCGAAAUUCAUGCAUUUUUUGCCAUCCAGUUCUGCCGACAUUGUGACCAAUUUCAUGGGAACAGCCUUCCACCUUGCUCUCCUUGGUGGCUUCCUAGCAGAUGCUUUCUUCACCACAUACUGCAUCUAUCUGAUAAGUGCUACAAUCGAAGUUAUGGGUCUGUUAACACUCACAGUGCAAGCUCACAUACCUUCACUGAAUCCAGAAACAUGCAUGUCAGCCAACAGAAACACUCCUUGCCAGGAAGUCAACCAUGGGAACGCAGCAAUGUUGUUUGUAGGACUCUAUGUAGUGGCAUUAGGUGUUGGAGGGAUAAAAGGUUCACUUCCCCCACAUGGAGCAGAGCAAUUUGAUGGGAAUACCCCAAAUGGAAGAAAGCAGAGGUCAACCUUCUUCAAUUACUAUGUGUUCUGCCUCUCCUGUGGAGCACUACUUGCAGUGACUUUUGUGGUGUGGAUUGAAGACAACAAAGGAUAG